UUCAUCCCCUCUCAUCACGUCUUAUCUCCUUUGCUUUUCUUGCCUUCUUACUCCAACUAUGGCAUCUCAGAUCAUCGACAACAACCGUGAAGGCGCUGAGAUUUACAAGGGAGAUGAACUCUGCAAGAAGAAGUCUAUCGAAUUGCUGGAGGAGCUCUGCCUUCCUAAAGGGCUCCUUCCUUUAGAGGACAUAGAAGAGUUUGGCUAUAACCGUGAGGCUGGCUUCAUAUGGUUGAUACAGAAGAAGAAGAAGAAUCAUGUCUUCAAGCAGAUAAAGAGGGCGGUGUCUUAUGCACCAGAGAUCACAGCUUUUGUGGAGAAGUAUAAGCUGAAGAAGAUGACUGGUGUGAAAACUAAGGAGCUACUAUUGUGGCUCUCUGUUGUUGAAGUCUAUUUUGAGAAGCCAACUUCUGAGAAGCUCACCUUUAAGACUGGCACUGGACUCUCAGAUAGCUUUGUGGCUUCUGCUUUUGAGCUGUAGGAGUAGAUCAAGAGAUGUGUGAAUGAGAUGGAUCUAUUUGGUAUAUGAUGGCAUUACUUAGAUGUUUACUUUUAUUUGAUAAUGUAUUUGGUAAAUUUAUGAUGAUUGUAAUAUUGUGCUUUUGAAUGAAAAUAUUUCUUACCGUAGUA